AUGGCAUCCAUAAAGCCCCCGUUCACGUUUGAAUCCGCAACGAGCAAAGUCAAGGCUGCCCAAAAUCUGUGGAACACUCGAAACCCAGAGCAGAUAGCCAAAGCUUACACCACAGACAGCAUUUGGCGCAAUCGUACCUCAUUUCUUCGCGGCACCGAUGAUAUCAUUGAAUUCCUCACCGCCAAAUGGAAUAGAGAGAAGUCCUAUCGGCUCAGGAAAGAGUUGUUUUCCUACACUGAUAAUCGCAUCGCUGUACAGUUCUGGUAUGAGUUCCAGGAUGGCGAUAACGAUAACAAGUGGACGAGAUGUUAUGGACUUGAGGACUGGACUUUCGACCAAGAUGGCAAAAUGGAAAAGCGUAUGAUGUCAGGCAAUGAUUUGAUCCUAGGACCAAAUGGAGAUGGAACUGGGCGGUGGUUUGUCGAUGGAGUUGAUAUUGAUCAGGCGCAAAUUGGGCCAGAGCAUUGGUGA